CGGCGUCGGAAGGGAUUCUUCCGCUCGCACAUCGCCGACGGUCCGGAAGCGCCGUGGCCGGGGAGGCCGCGCAGCGCCCCGCGGACUGUGGACAGGUGUUCGAGCCCCGACGCCCCCCCUUGGGGACCUUACGUUAAUCAUACCAACGGCUGGCAUUUAUUAAGCGCUAGGUCAGGAAAUGUCCUUUCAUUUAUUCACUGAUCCAGGGUUCAAAGGCAUUCCAGGAGGGGGGUACCAUUGUUCCUCCAGGUACAGAUGGAGAACCCAAGCUCCAAAAGAUUACAUAAUCAGCCAGAGACAGAGCUGGAAGGACAGGGUCAAGUCCCUCGAUGACCUGCUCCAAAGCCCAUCAUUCUACAUAGCAGGCUGAGAACGGAAGGUGAUUUUACAGCGAAAUGCUGCUCUCCAUAGGAAUGCUCAUGCUAUCGGCCACACAAGUCUAUACCAUCUUGACUGUCCAGCUCUUUGCAUUCUUAAACCUACUACCUGUAGAAGCAGACAUUUUAGCAUAUAAUUUUGAAAAUGCAUCUCAGACAUUUGAUGACCUUCCAGCAAGAUUUGGUUAUAGACUUCCAGCUGAAGGUUUAAAGGGUUUUUUGAUUAACUCAAAACCAGAGAAUGCCUGUGAACCCAUAGUGCCUCCACCACUAAAAGACAAUUCAUCGGGCACUUUCAUCGUGUUAAUUAGAAGACUUGAUUGUAAUUUUGAUAUAAAGGUUUUAAAUGCACAAAGAGCAGGAUACAAAGCAGCCAUAGUUCACAAUGUUGACUCUGAUGACCUCAUUAGCAUGGGAUCCAACGACAUUGAUGUGCUAAAGAAAAUUGACAUUCCAUCUGUCUUUAUUGGGGAAUCAUCAGCUAAUUCCCUGAAAGAUGAAUUUACAUAUGAAAAAGGGGGCCACAUCAUCUUAGUUCCAGAAUUUAGUCUUCCUCUGGAAUACUAUCUAAUCCCUUUCCUUAUCAUAGUGGGCAUCUGUCUCAUUUUGAUAGUCAUUUUCAUGAUCACAAAAUUUGUCCAGGACAGACAUAGAGCCAGAAGAAACAGACUUCGUAAAGAUCAACUUAAGAAGCUCCCCGUGCAUAAAUUCAAAAAAGGAGAUGAGUAUGAUGUAUGUGCCAUUUGUUUGGAUGAAUAUGAAGAUGGAGACAAGCUCAGAAUCCUCCCUUGUUCCCAUGCUUACCACUGCAAGUGUGUGGACCCCUGGCUAACUAAAACCAAAAAAACCUGUCCGGUCUGCAAGCAAAAAGUGGUUCCUUCCCAAGGCGACUCAGACUCCGACACAGACAGCAGUCAAGAAGAAAAUGAGGUGUCCGAACACACCCCUCUUCUUAGACCUUUGGCUUCUGUCAGCACCCAGUCAUUUGGGGCUUUGUCGGAAUCUCGCUCACAUCAGAAUAUGACCGAGUCUUCAGACUAUGAAGAAGAGGACAACGAAGACACCGACAGCAGUGACGCAGAAAACGAGAUCAAUGCGCACAGUGUUGUAGUCCAGCUGCAGCCUAAUGGUGAACGGGAUUACAACGUAGCAAACACGGUCUGACCUCCAGAGGGUGAUCGGGUUAUUUCCUAAUAAAUGUUUAUUUAGGUAUAUAAUUUGAUUUUUUUGCUCCCUUCAGAGAUUCCUGUAGAAAUAACUUAUUUUUUAGUGUUCUACAGUUUAAUCAGAUACUGAAACAGGUUUUUCUGAUCUGGUAUUCAUCUGCAGGAGUGCACUUCAUUUUCACUGAUAAACUAGUAAUAAAUAGGCUGAUGCUGUAACUCCAGCAUCAAAUCAGCUCUUCUUUUGGAAUGAAAUAUAGCCAAAACAUUUUUAAAAAUUCCUCAGUAUAGCUUGCAGUUAAGACCUAGAUCACAGUAUGCAAGUGUUUCGUGUUUUACACACAAGGUCAGUGCUGUGGCCACCUAGCAUGAGCUAAGCCAACUCCCAUUUGCAUAAAGUUUACCUAGAGUUGUUGAGUUGGAAUAUGUUUGUUCUGGUAUUUCCCUAAAUUGCCAUCACUCCUGAGAAGUGACAAUUUAGCAUUUUUCCUUCUCUCAGCACCUCAAAGAAACUCAAGCUGUCUUUUUCCUUUCUAUUCCCAACUAGUCUUAUCCUGAUAGGAAUAGUCUGUACGAGUGCAGAUUUUCAUAGUUUUUUUUUUCCCCCUCAAGGUUUUAAUACUAUAUAGUGUUAUGUAUGAAUUGAUUCAUCAGCUAAAGUAACAUGUCUCUGGACUUACUGAAUUUCAGUAUCCGUAAGGGUUUUGUGUUAUGAUCAAAGCAAAAAGAAAAUGCUGUAUAAAAAUACCAAACUUCAGCAACUGUUAAUACUCAGAUCAUAUACCUCUUAACAAAGAGUAUCUUAUGCUAAUUAGCCCUGCUAAACUAUGUACAGAGGAAAAUGUUCAAGUAUUGGAUUUGAAAAUAAUUGCUUAUGUUUAACAGAACUAAUGAUGUACUUAAACAAUGUAUUAUGAAAAACUAAAUUAUAUUAUACAUCAUUGUAACUAUGUAGAAAAUAUAGACUUAUGUAUAAUCAAAAUGCUAAGAAUUUUUAUAUGGCCUUGUAUGAAGGGAGUUUGAAUGUUAAUAAACACAUGUUUUCCACUUUAAGAA